AUGUCGACUUAUACUCUCGAGCAAGUCAAGGCACACUGCAAGCCAGACGAUCUCUGGAUUGUUCUGCAUAAUAAGGUAUACGAUGUAACUAAGUACCUAGAGGACCACCCUGGAGGAGCCGCGGUUCUCAUCGAAGUUGCUGGGACUGAUGCUACGCAAGCCUUUGAGGAUAUUGGGCAUUCGGAUGAGGCCCGUGAGCAGCUCGAGCCGUACUACAUUGGGGAUCUCCCAGACACGGAACAUGCAGACUCCGUGGAGAUAUACCAUCCUACUUUCGAACAGGUCGCCCAGUCUGCCGUCAUCAGCGUCAAGAAGCCGUCACCUUUGUCUCCUUCGCUCCGUGCUGUACUCAAACUAGGCCUCGGUGGCUUUGCAGGGGUAGUCGCUGUAUCAGCAUAUCGUCAAGGCCGGACACUUCCGCACCUUCCGUCAUUCUCAACCCUGAGCAGCCUCAGGUCCAUAAACCUCAGCUCAUCCAGCCACCAUUUCUGGUCUGGAGUCGGCAUCGCCAGUGUGGCUCAAUUUGCUAUCACCCUAAGCCUAGGACUUUGGGCAUCGACCAAGUUAGACGUGCAGCAAGAAUUCACGCUCUACAAACCGCAUCGACCAGCCUCGACCGCACAGCUUAUCCGCCUCAAACGAAGCAAACCCGCUACUGUUACCCAAGUCCCCGCCCUCAAUCCGCGCCAAUGGCGCUCGUUCAUCCUGGCCAGCAAAGUCGAAGUCGCACCCAGCGUGUAUCAACUAACCUUCUCCCUACCAAACGCCAACGACAUCCUCAACCUUCCAACAGGUCAACACGUUGCCCUGCGCGCCGUCAUCAACGGCACCCAGGAAACCCGCUCCUACACCCCAAUCUCCAACACAAAGGACAUCGGGCAUAUCAAACUUCUCAUCAAAACCUACCCCAACGGCGCAAUGACCCAGCAUCUCGCACAAAUGACCCCUGGGGACACAAUCGAAAUGCGCGGCCCUAAGGGCGCAAUGACAUACUCUUCUCAAUACGCUCAGACAAUCGGCAUGAUCGCCGGCGGAACAGGAAUCACGCCAAUGUACCAGGUCAUCCGUGCAAUCUGCGAGGACGAGUCCGAUGCAACGCGCGUCUCGCUGCUCUACGCAAAUAAUACUGAGGAAGAUAUCCUGAUGCGCGAGGAACUAGAGAGCCUUGCGAAGAAGUUCCCUGAGAAGUUCGAAGUCCGAUAUGUACUUAGCCGCGCUGGUGAUGGCUGGAAGGGGUAUAGGGGCUUUGUGAGUGGGGAGAUGAUUGAGAAGCAUAUUGGUGGUCCUGGUGAUACCAAGAAGGUCAUGCUGUGUGGACCGCCGCCGAUGGUGAAUGCGAUGAAGAAGAUACUUGGGGGGGUGGGAUGGGCGAUGCCGGGGGCUGUUGCAAAGGCUACGGAUGCGGUCUUUUGUUUUUAGACAUGGAAACGUGAGUUUACUUAACUUGAUGUAGAUUUAGACAUGAGGAAGCAAAAUGUACUAUCGCCUUGGUUUAUACUGCAUGUACUUUUCUACCCCUGUCAAAGAGUUUAAGGUAGAACCCUC